AUGGCUGACGCUAUGUUAAAACACGCAAACUCGUCUACAUUACCGUUAUCUCGGUAUAGCACAACAGCGAUAGAAACGGAAAAAGGUGAUCUGGCUUUAGAAGCUGUAGUUCUGAUAGAUGUACGACGAGAAGAAACUGAUGCUAAAAAAGGGAUUGGUCGCGCUCUAGUUCUUUGUUUUGAUGGUGUAGCUGGUACAUCGCGUUCCAACGAUAAUACAUCCCCGUCAUUGGAAUAG